AUGGACGGCGACACGGGUGGGCGAAUCAACCGUCCGCGGCAUCCUCAAGAACAAGCGCAAAUUCGACGAUAUUCAACCCGCUCAAGCCAACCGCAAGCGGUGCUGCGUAUCGAAUCUGCGCUUCGGACGAAAGCCUGUUCGACCGCAUCAAAGCCGACAAAUGAUGGCGUCGUCAGGGCACCAUUAACGGCUCUCAGACAUCAACAUAUUGGUGCUAGCCGAAGGGUACUCCUACCAAAGUCAAGACAGAAAGGCACGAAGCAAUUGAAGGAGCAGAUGUCUGUGUGCAUCGCGUUCAACGCAGGCGGCUCUGAUCGUCUCCCCCCUGCACUUCAUAGGCAAUCAAAGGAGGAUGUUCCACUUCGGGGUCAUGACGUGUUCACCGAGCUCGGUGUUACAUACACGAACACAGGCAAGGCAUGGAUGAACACGGAAAAGUACUGCGAGUGGCUGUCGCAGCUUAACACCAGCAUGCAGAUGCAGCGCACUAUGCCCUCGUUCUGGAAGACAAUGAAUCCUCCCACGAUGAAGUACUGGUUGAGCGUAAGCUCUCAAACGUGUGAGCCCGCCACAUCGUGCCGUUUAAAGGUUAAAGGAGGAGAAGAAGAGUCUUGCUUAGGCCAGAAGAUGGUGCUCGUGGUGUCCGAGAUGAAGGUGGGUAAACAUGCGAGCGUGGAUAUCUCAUCUGUGACUAACUGCGGUGUUAUCAUUGUGCAAGACUUGCAGGAUCUUCGCGCAGGUAACACAUUGCACACCGACGUCAAAAUUGUAUCUAUCAGCAAUUUGAUCUCGACACAAUGCUUCACAAAUGGCGCGGACCAUAUAUACGCGGUGGAAAUACCGCAGCACAUCAUACCCAAGAGGCUUACCCUUCUUUUGUUGAUCCAAUGA